AUGGAAUUUCACCAUGAACAUGAAGAGGAAGAUCAGGAAGAAGAAGAAGAAGUAGGAGAGAUGGCUCUCCCGAUCAACACCACAUAUGGACACAAUCACAUUCUCCCAUUAUCACUCCAUCAACCACCACCCGAUAUGUCCACCAUAACAGCACCGCCGCCGCCGCCGCCGUCCAUGGAGGACAUUAGCAAGAAGAUGAUGGUGGUUGUAAGGUACAGAGAAUGUUUAAAGAACCAUGCAGCUUCCAUUGGAGGAAAGGCGACAGAUGGGUGUGGUGAGUUCAUGGCUUCCGGUGAAGAGGGUACUCUUGAAGCUCUCACUUGCGCAGUCUGCAGCUGCCACCGAAACUUCCACCGGAAAGAAAUGGAAGGUGACAACCCCCACCACCACCGGCACCACCACCCCAUUCCCACCACCUCCUACGACUACAUUAACUACCACAGUUCCUCUCCACAUCUCAAAAGACUUGAUCUUGGAAACGGUAGAAACCUCAUCCUUCAAGCUCAUCAUCAUCACCCAAAUGGUGUUCUUGGAAAUGGCGGAGGGGCACUUGUACCAUACAAUAUGGGAAUGGGAAUGGGUGGUUUCCGAUCAGAAUCUGAGGAGCAAGAAGAUCGGCGGGGAGCAGCGGUGGCGCAGCAGGUGGUGAAGAAGAGGUUCAGAACCAAGUUCACACAAGAACAGAAGGAGAAGAUGGUGAAUUUUGCAGAGAAAGUUGGGUGGAAGAUACAAAGACAAGAGGAAUCCGUUGUUCAACACUUCUGUCAAGAAAUCGGGAUCAAAAGGAGAGUGUUAAAAGUCUGGAUGCAUAACAACAAACAAAAUCUUGCAAAGAACAUCACCAACUCUAUCUCCAUUAAUGCACCUCAACCUCAAGAUCCAAAUUAA